UUUUAUAUUUAGAAAGUAAAUAAAUGUGUGGUCAGAAUAUUCGUUUAUCAAAACUUGGAUAUUUUUGCAUACUAUCUUUUAGUUGUUUAUUGUUUUUCUAUUUUCGCGGAUUUUCUAUUUCACAAUUGAUUAUUAUACAAAACAAUGAUUCGGUAUCUCUUCGGAGACUUUUGUUAGCAUCAAUUCAAGCAGCCAAGCUUGGUGGAAUCAAAGUAAAAAAUAUUAGAAUGGAACAAAGUUUACAGGUGAAAACUAAAGGACAUACAAAGGAAGGUGCCAAUGAUCUUGUCACGUUGGGAGAUAUGCUUUCUCAUAAAGCAAUGUACUUUGGCUUGAAGAGAGAGUUUCCAGAUUUGCAUAUUGUUUCUGAGGAAGUAUCAGAGAGUGACAAAACUUAUCAAGAAGACUCUUCUUUAUUAAAUUUAAGUGCAUUAGAAGAAAUGAACUUACAUUUAGAUAGCUACGAUACUUUAGUACCUAAUGAGGACAUUACUGUAUGGAUUGAUCCACUUGAUGCAACGCAAGAAUACACAGAAAAUCUUACGGAGUUUGUUACUACUAUGGUUUGUGUAGCUGUUAAAGGUAAAGCCAUAAUAGGUGUGAUUCAUUUGCCAUUUAAAGAUCAAACUGUUUGGGCCUGGAAUGGUCAUUCUAGUAAUAUUCAUUACUCGUUAAAAACAGAAAAUAUAAAUUCUCAUAUGAAAGUUAUUGUUUCGCGUUCUCACAGCGGAAAAGUUAAAGAAAUUGCGAAAAUAGCAUUUGGCAAAGAUACUGAAAUUAUUACAGCUGGAGGUGCUGGUUAUAAAUCUCUCUUAGUCGCACAAAGGGAGGUGGAUGCUUAUGUCCACAUAACUGCGAUUAAAAAAUGGGAUAUCUGUGCUGGAAAUGCUAUUAUAAAACAACUUGGUGGCGAUAUGACAGAUUUGAAGGGAAACGAGAUAAAUUUUUUAGAUAAAACUCGUACAGAUUUAGCAUUGAAUGAUGGGUUAGUUGCCACUUUUCAAAACCAUCGCGAAGUUGUAGCAAAACUUAAAGAUUUUAAUUUAAAUAAAACUAGUUAAUUUAAAAGUUAAAAUCGAAACUGAAAAUUAUUUAAUAAAUUAUUUUAAUUAAUUUGUAUAUUUG